AUCAGUAUGUGUCUCGACCAUUCCUUCUCUCUCAGUGUUUAUCUCUACGUCUCUCAGCGGUCUUCACUCUGAGCCUGAAGUCUGUCACCAACACUCAAGUUCUCUCUCUCUCUUCAGCAGGACAGACGGUGUCGAUCACCCCAACAUUGAGCCGGUGUUGAACCAAGUUUAAAUUUAUACAAACAGGAUUAUACACAGACUGCUCGGAGACCAAAACGUCCUCCAAAAUGUUUUUUUAAAGUUGGAUUUUAUUCACUGGCACAACCAGAGAAUCUAGAAACUAGACCUAAUCUUAUACUCCACGAAUCUCAGCCAGGAACCAGAAGCAGGAUCACCUGAUUCUUAACCAAAUCCUGAUACUGACUGAGAAUCUUCAGAGUCACAGAUCAGACGUCAUAAACCGCUUGAAUCAAACAAAAACUAUACACUAUGAGCACCGGACCGAGCGGAGGAAGAGGAGAGAGGACGUUCUUCCUCAGCACCCACCGCUGCCCUGAAGUCGACCUGCUGCCACAUCGUAACACUGAGACACAAAUCCCUCUACCGUGUUCACUAGUUCCUGCUGAGAAGAGCUCUGAGUUCACCUGUACAGGCCAGUCUGAGGCAAAUUACCUGGACGUCUCCUCCAACUGUUGCGCUGAGGAAGAUGAAAAAGAGGAGGAUGAGGAGGAAGAGGGGAGCAUCAGUGACUGGUCAGAGGAGGAUCUUUCCCUACACUUCUCUCCAUCCGUCAUACUCCAAUCAGACGAUGAAGAGUCAGAUCCAGAUAGCAUCUUUAAGUGUGUCGACAUUACCGUGGAAACACUGGUUAAAGGUCCGGAGGGGGAGGGUCUAAGGAUGGUCCCAAAACGGCAGAUUCAACUGAGAAAGAAGAAAGACAUCGACAACAUCAUUAACCAGGAGAAAACUGAGAAACUGCAGGUUAUACCGAAGGAUGGACCUGCUGAAAGGAGUGUUGCUAACAGUGAGGUGUCGGCCAAUGAGGUUCUCUGUCCCCCUGUCCGCCACCGUCCUGAUCUGUUGCUACGGCAGCACAGUAUGCCGACCUCCCUCCACACACACUCAACAAGCAGCACUGAUGUCGAUGGCUACAGUGCUUACAGGGGCCUGGUUGCAGGGGCCAGUCAAGGAUUUCAAGUUGGAGGAAACUCGAGGCAGCGACUGCAGAAGUCCAUCUCUUUGGACGAGACUAAAGCCAAGAUGGCGUCCUGCAUCAUUAAGAGCGUUCUGUCUAAGAAGAUGCAGGUAGAGCAGAACAACUCUAAAACCUCCUACCUGCAUAAGAAACCUGCGGUGUUACCGAGCGUCCCCCAGCCAGUAGAGCAGCAGAGGGUGAGGGAAGGGGGAGGAGGUAAGACAGGUGUAGGUGUGUCUAAAGCUCCAGUUCAUGUGGUGAGAGACAUGAGGAGUUUAGUUAAAAACACCUACAGCCUCUCGUUCUCCACAGCUCAAAGUACACCUGAGAACAACAACAAGUCAACAAGCUUUAAGGUGAUUGGUCAGGAUGAAAGUCCGCCCCCUACCUACCAGCAGGCUGUGGGGGUCAAAGGUCAUGAUGAAACAAAGAAGAGCUGCCAGGCUGGAGGACACAUCAGCAAGGCAGCUGCAUCUCUCAGCCAAUCACAGGACAGGAAGCAGAACAAUAAAUUCAGCCAUCCAAUCACACAGCAGAGACAAGGCAGCGAGCCACUAAUGAGCAGAAGUAAAGUAGAUGUACCUGGAAGUGACCUGUCAGAGCUCAGCCAAUUAGAGACGACCGAAGGUGUGAGUCAACAGGCAGGUACCUCACUCCCCUCCUCUGCAGACAUCCAGCCUCCCCCUCACCCCUACGCCACCUCCCAACACCCCAUGGGGACACAGCCUUUGCACUCUACUCAGGAACAGAGCUCCAUACCGGGUGUGUCUUCUCAAUUUGCCCCCAGCUCCUCUCAGCAGAUCCUCCACCCCUGUUUCUACACCCCCACUGGCAUGCCUACCUUCCCACCGACCCUGCGCCCUCACUUGGGGAAUGUCGGCUACAUGCACAGCCCCUUGAGCUACAUCCAGACCCAGCUGCAGUCGCCCUUACCUGCUCCCACCCUCCAUCUGCUCAGGAGGUCUGAAGAGAAUCAGACGAAGUUGACUGGAAACACCUCCAACCAGCCAGACCCCUUCAUCAAGACCUGCCCACCUCACCAGACCAGGACCACAGGAGACGAGGAGAGCAACGGCAACACAGUGACAUCUGCAAUACAGGAGCAACAUGAGCAACAGAAACAUCCGCAGCAGUUUCUGUGUAGUUUCUUACCUGCACAGGUGGGUAAUGACUUUUUCAUUGACAUGACAGGUUCUGCUACAACACCCGGGACCCUCCUUGGUGUCCCCGCCCCCUGUCACGUAAUAUUAGACCCUAAAAGUGGGCGGUGCUUCUAUGUGGACGCACCCCCACAGCCUCGUAGAAAGAUGCUGCUAGAUCCAGAAACCGGACAGUACGUCCAGGUGUUCCUACCUGCAGCCAGCUCCACCCCCAACACUGGCGUGCUUCCUGUGCGUUGUGCGAACCCCACCGCCUUUGCCCCUUCCAUGAUAAACCCUGGUCCCACCGUCCUGUCAGUGAUGCAGCUGCAGCCAACGGUCGCUAUGCCCUCACUGUACCCCCCCUGUCUCCCCUUCACUUUACACACACCUUCAGUUAACUUCACGCACACAGCACCAUGAUGAUAUCACAUUCUGAUGAUGACAUGCACCGUUGUUUGUUUAAUUGUAGCUGGUAUCUUUGCUUAACAUUAUGUUAUAGAUUUAUUUAUUAUAUUAUAUAUUAUAGUACUGUUAAUAUUGUUCUUACCAUUUUAAAAGCCUCUGUUUUAUUCUGAAGGUCAGAGUUGUAGAGAGGAAGUGUUAUUGAAGGAAUUAAGUCAAGUUUUGUUUAAUAUUUCUCUAUAAUAUUAAUCUCAGUGAUGAUAUAUGAUGAAUUAAUGUUGUCAACAGCGUCAGUCCUUUGUACAAAUGUUUGUUACGAUCGUUUUAUAUGUUAUAUGUAUAAAAGUUUAACACUUUCUGGCCUCUGAAACAAAAAAAAUAAAUGAGCCUCAGAGACAAAUCUGAGGAUUUAAAACAGAACCAGCUGACGUUAUCUGACCCUCAACUUUAAAAAAAAUAGUUACUAUAAUCAAUACCCCGUAUGACUACCUGAACUAAUGUAGCAACAUGCAGCUAGCUGUGUCUGUUUGUUGUGACUGUGUGUUUAGUUUAAUUUAGUUAUCAAUGUGUUUAUGAAAUUACUUCAGAUUGUUUUUGGGCUGUUUGAUUUUAUUUUUUUUACACAGUUUUGUACAGAAGUUGCUGCUUUACAACCUGAAAUGAUGAAAUCAUACUGUUUCUGAUACAAACUGAUGACUCUACUGAACCUAAGUGUUUUUAAUAUUCACUGACAGAAGUUAUUAAUCUGAAGAUGUUUGAUUUCAUGCUUUAAGUUUCAUUUAAAUAAUUUAUCCUUCACCUUCAAAACAAAGUACAGAUACUAUAAUAAUUACUUGCACUAUUAUGCUUAUAUUUAGAUAUAUAUUUUCUUUUGUGUAGAGUCUAAAACAAUGAACACAAUUAUCCAUAAACACAGUACAUAUUAUAAAUGCGAUGCUGUUCAUGUCGAUAAAACAGUUUGGUCACGUUUUGCACAAUUGUCUCAUUUUUUGUGUUUCCUUUUGCACUUGUAAUAAUAAAAAAUACUGUUUAUGUUUCGAUGUUUAAAAUAAAAAAUAAAUGAAAAGUAAGAAGUUGUUUCCUGAGGUCAUAAAAACACUGAGCGGUUCACAGCAGUCAGACCUGUUUAUGGUGAAAAUAUGUUUCCAUGUAACAGAGGCAGAACUUCAGACUUUAUGUUUUUUUUUUGUUUUGUUUUUAUCAAAGAUGCAGAUAUUUUCAGUUUCAUGUUGAUUCACCCAAUGACAUUAGACACCGUCCACAUUUCGUCAUCACCUCCAUACAUGAAUAUAAUCUGUGAAUUCAACUUGUGACCAAUUUGUUGGACUUCCUCUGAUUGUAAGUGAAUGCAGCAUGAUUUCAUAUGAUAAAAAAAGAAUAAAAAAAGUCAUGUCA